AUGCCUCUACAACCACUCUGGGAAUCCCAUGAAAUGUACCAGAGGUCGUUUCAGGCAUUAAUCGACAACUCAACGGCCAGAGGACCAGCUAUCCUUAACUUUACACAAGACGGGAUAAGGCAGGCCAUGCUGAAAAUUAUUGACAAGAUGAACAUCGACGAGCCACUUAAAGUGUUGGGCAUUGGGAGUGGAAGCGGAGAGAAUGAUCUCCUCAUUCUUCAAACUAUGGCGGAGAUCCUCGUAUCACAGAAGAAGAAAAGACCUGCUAUCCAUAACGUGAUCGUUGAGCCGAGCUCGGUUCUCUUAGAUCAAUUCAAAAUGAAGGCUUCUUCGCUGCCGUCAUCAUUAAAGAGCGUAGCCAAUGUUUCCUUCGAAUCGCAGCAGAAAACGUUCAGUGAAUUCAACCAAGAAACCUCCAUCGAAAAGAAAAGUUUCGAUUUUAUUCAUUUUGUCCACAGUAUCCGUUACUCGGAUCUGGAGCUUGCGCUGCGAUCAUGCUUCGAACAAUGGCUAAAAGCUGAACACGGAGUCGUGGUUUGCUAUGUUCAUACCGAGAAUUCAUACCUUGCUAAAGUCAGUAAGAAGUUUAAAGGAAAAUUGAGCUGUGGCUCGGAAGUUAUGGCCUUCUACACGCAUGAAGAGCUGGCUGCCAUUGCGGAGAAAAACAGCUGGAAUUAUUGUGUCCCGCUAAAGGAAAAAUAUCAGAUCAAUGUGACGGCCUGCCUACUAAAGCAAACGUCAGCCGAGUCCGAUCCGCUUAUCGAUUUCCUAAGUCAUCAACAAAAUUUCCGAGCAAAUGCCGAGCAAGAAUUGUUUAACAGUUGGAUGGAGAUGACCGAAUCCUUGGCUUUCACGGACGACAACGAUGAAAAGUUUGUUGCAGGGGAAAAUGCAGUAGUUAUAAUCAAUAAGUAG